AGCGACACUGAGGAACGCGUGCUCGGCCAGGGUGAAAGGCACCCAUCAGCACCACGCUGUACCCAAGCGUUAUUGGGCUCUUUUUUUCAAAGAUCAGAUCUUUGGCUUUUCCAAAACAUCAGCCCUGGUGGCGCCCCUGACACCGGCGUUAACAGUUUUGGUAAACACGCACGUUUUGCCACAGGCUCGGCGGCAUCCCGCAAAAUCUCCCCGACCCAAAAAUGCAGGUCCUACCACGUCGAGCUAUGAAACCRGCACGGGCGAUUAUCUGUUAUAAAACAAAUUGCGAACACUCUCCUGCACUGCAUACUAGCGAUAAAACGUCUUCUGAGCUGCCUCCAAUUCCACACAUACACACACAGAAAGGAAGGAGGAAAGGGAAGAGGUAUCUGUUAACAGAAGAAGAUAUAAAGUUAGAAGAAUUUCAGCAGAUGAAAAUGGUGAUUAGAAAAGAAGUUCGUGGCAAUAAAGAUCCAUAUUUAAAAAAUAUUAAAGAAAAAUUAAAGAAAAAUGGAAUAAUUCUCAAAAAUGAAUUAAAAAAUUUGCUGCAUUUAUGUCAGACUUCAUCUGAUGUGGAACUAGCCAGAAAAGUUAUUUACAGGUACCAUGAACAGAAUGGAAUCACAACUUCAUAUAAUUUUAAAUUUGGGCCACUCUUUAUGAGACUGUGUUAUGAGCUAGACCUUGAAAGACCUGCAGUAGAACUUAUCAAAGAUCGGAAUUUGCAUGGUUUUUUCUCAGACAGUACAUCAUUCCAUAUUUUGAUGACUAUGUUGUUUAAAAAGGGCCAUUUUGAAAGUGCUUUGGAAGUUCUGGUAGAAAUGAAAAAACAAGGUAUAUCUUUCAACAAAGAAACCUAUCUACUUGCAUUUGCARUAUGCUACAAACUGGACAAUUUGGAGUCUUCCAAAAUCUCUGCGAAAUUGCUUGAAGAAGCACAGCUAAAGGGUGACAAAUUGCCACUGCGUGCAUACUGCUUUGCAAUAGCAACUGCUCUCAAGCAGAAUGAUGUAGUGCAAGCCAAAUUUUAUUGUUCCCAGAUAAUGAGAACAGAGAACAAACUAUACAAUAAUCUUAAAGUUCUUGUCCAGCUCAGGUGUGGUUGGCUAGAAGAAGUAAUAAAUACAUUAGAGGCAGCAGUGGAAGUAGAUACUCCUCCCUUUGUGAAAAAAACUGAGUUUUCUGAGCAGGUGCUGGCUGCAGUCAGGGAAAAGAUGGAAGAGAACCCUGACCUUUCUGUCAAAUUAGGAAAUAUUUAUACGAAACUACAAGCUUCAGGACGGAUAACCAUGUGCACAUUGGAAGACAUGCUUUUCCAGAUUCCUAGUACAAAGAAGGCCACUGCAAAGCUUUUAAAUCAGAAACAAUUGGGCUAUCAGGUUGCUAAUCCAUUUCAGUCAAAUCUAUUGUUAGAAUAGUUUGGUAUAUGAUGCUGAACUGAACUGCUGGUAGCAUCUCUUCUAAUCUAGGUUCARAUAAAAUGUCUUUUCCCCUUUCCUGCAGUGAUCAAUUUUAAGUUAUUUGUAUCAGAUUUAAUUUUAAAUAUAGAUCAUGUAGUUUCCAUGUUUCAGUUAGAUGUGAAUAAAGCURUGACAGUGAGUAUUGUGUGUUGUUCAGAAAGGAUUGACUUUUUCCUUAGGCUCUUGUAUCAGGAUUUUCCUAUGCUAAAUGUUCUGGAAGUGAAUGGAUGGAAGUGAACAAAAUAGUGUGAAUAUAUCUGACCUGACUUCUGUGGUUCAUGAGAAGAAAAUUUGGACUUYGUCAGAUGUUAUGUUCUGACUGAAAGGACAGAGGCAGGCAAGAGUCCAGAUAAAAGAGUAUGGAAGUGCCUUACUGGUUUAUUCAAAGCCUGCAGAUGUCAAGAGAAUCAGAGGGAAACAUCUUUUGUCCCCUUUAAUAUCUUUUUCUUCUAAAAAAAUGUAUUAAAAUCUUUUUUUUUUUUUUGUAUCAGCUUGUAUCAUGGAAAUGGURUGGGAAUUAACAUGGUAACCAAGUGAUUGCUCUCUCAUUUGAAGGAGAUUCCUAAUCAAAAGUCAGUCUCAGAGUGAGUGACCUCACAAAUUGCUUCCUUCUAAUUUUCUGAUAUUAAGAUUCCUGGGAUAAGCAGAUCUUGAUGCAAAUUUUCAACUAAGUCCUAAAAAGUUUCUUAGAGAGAGUAUGAUCAUGGGUUUAGCUACAGAUACAUAAUCUGCAUAGUUCACCCUAUUUUUUUAUUGAAAAACUUACAUCAAAGCUUCACUUUGACCUGGCUUUAAUGACUCCAGAUCAAGUGAGCUUGAUUCUAGCAGUAAAAAGCUACUUGUAUCUGCGARUCCUGUAUAUCCAAAAAUCUGAACUCAGCAUCCAGAAUAAAAGGAACUGGAAACAGAUAUACCUUGGCUAGCAUUUGUGAACCUUUGGAUGCCUUUGCUUGUGAAAUAAUGAACAAGUCAAUAAGACAAUUUGGUGGUACUAUGAGCACAAGACUAGGUGGAACUCAGCUUGCUACUCUUCAAGUUGGGCUGCACUAUCUCUCCUCUGCCUUCUGUUUCUUUUAUUUUGUCUCUGUACCACUCAAGCAAAURUCAGAACUCAGAGUAUACUUUCUGUGAAAAAAAUCUGUAUGUCUAUAUCAUUGAAACCAGUGAGACACUGAAGAAACAAGAGCCUAUCCAUGYGGAAGCUCUUCUUCAGAACAAAGUAGCUACAGUAGGUGGGGCGUUUCCUUUUGAAGUUCUAUCUCUGUAACUUAUUUCUGUCACAAUGUGUUCUGUUAAUAUUUAAAUACACAAAAACUAUUACAAGGUAGAUGGAAUUUCAUGCAAGUGUUAAGUGGAGAAUAAUUUGCAGUAUGUCACACUUCUGUGAAUGGUGAGUACACUUUUUAUGGCUGGUGGCAUUAAUCUAAGAACAUAGCUAUUACUUUGUAAUAUUACGUAGUAUGUAAUUUCAUGCAUAAUCUUGCCCUAGUUGGAAAUACUUUCAAUGUUUCCAAUACUAUGUGCACYCUUGAGAAGUUCCCAAUCUUUUCUCCACCAAUAAAUUUGUUAUAAGAUUUGUAAAGGCUGCUUGCAAUGUGGCAAGGAUCAGUGGCAAAAAAAUUAAAGCAAUGAAUUUCUAUUCCGUUUACUCUGUUGGUACAGACAGGGGACCUGUCUGAUAUCAUCCAGAACAACUGUUUGGUGUUUAAAGUGUAUAAGUUACAUAUUUUUAAAGACCAUGAAAGACAGUUUGACCCAUUUAGCCUUGUGUAGCAAAUACGUAAGGUAAUUUCUGUUUAAUUUCCUUAUUUGUCACUUUAAAACUUGUAUUAAUUACAAGAACUUGUGGCAUCCUAGGACUAUG